AUGAAUUUACCUUAUAAUUAUAUCCUUCGUUCUGCAAGAGCCAUGAAUUUAACUUCUGCAUUUAUUCUUGUCACAUUAUUAGUAAUCUUCCAGCAGCAGGAUUCCGUGCAUGGCGCCUUCGCUGAGAAAAAUACAAUUGAUUCCGCUCUUCUGACUAAAAGAAUUGGAACGAACCGUGUCAUAACAGUCGAUGCAAAUGGAGAGGGGGAAUUCAAAUUUGUACAAGCUGCCGUUGAUCAUGUCCCGGAUGGGAAUUCUAAUUGGAUUGUCAUUCACCUCAUAAAGGGAGUCUACAGAGAGAAGGUUAGAAUACCUGCUAACAAGCCUUACAUAUUCAUGAGAGGGAGUGGAAGAGGGAGAACAUCCAUUGCCUCCUCUAACAUCUCAACUAAGGACUAUGAUUCUGCCACUUUCAAUGUUGAAGCUCCACAUUUUGUUGCCUUUGGUAUCAGCUUUAAGAACAUAGCUCCAACCGGCAUUAACCAUUACAGUGCAAAGAAUAAGUCAUCAGUAGCAGCAUUUGUAGGAGCAGACAAGGCCACCUUCUACCAGUGUGCAUUCUUCAGCAAUCAAAACACUCUUUUUGACUACAAGGGUAGGCACUUGUACAACAACUGCUACAUUCAAGGCUCCAUAGACUUCAUCUUUGGACACGGCCAAUCCAUUUUACAUGAGUGCGAGUUAUUUGUGGUUGGUGAUGGGAGAGUAGAAAUAGGAGGAUCGAUUGCAGCUCAUUACAGGGAAAGGCAUGAUGAAAGCAGCGGGUUUGUGUUUGUGAAGGGGAAGGUUUAUGGGAUGGGGCGAGACGUGUAUUUGGGUAGAGCCAAAGGGGCACAUUCCAGGGUUGUCUUUGCGAACACAUACCUGUCAAGGAGUAUAAUCCAUCAUGGGUGGACAAACUGGAGAUAUUCAGGCAGCACUGAGUAAGACAAACUUGUCUGAUCAAUAAUACAUUUAUAUUCAACUAUACAUUCCUAAUAAUUUUAUGAAAAGCAAAUGCACACACUACCAUCUAAUUCAAUGAUCAAAAUUCUGAUGGAGUAUAAGUGUUAUGGACCGGGAUCAGCUUCAAACAAUCGAGCCCACUGGUCGAAACAACUGAGUGAUAAAGAAGCUGCUCCGUUAGUCUCCAUAGAUUUCAUCAGAGGCAAGGAAUGGCUGCUUGCAUGGUUAGUAUGAUCAACAAUAUUGAUGCCAACUACGGCCUUGUUUUUCUUUAGUAUGUGAGUGGUGAUGGAGUCAUUUUCAAUAUCCGUCAUUUCAUAUCUUUUGUUUUGGUAGUAUUACAAAGCACAGUAGCUCGGUGAUGUGUAAAGCAUUGUAAAAUUUUGAACUAAAGUAAUUAUCCCUUUCCAAAUCCGAGAUAGGAAUGUUCUUAGAAUAGGGAUCUUAUCAAGAGGGAUAGGGUAAGUGAUAGAAUUAUUCUUGAUUUAUAAUCAUCAAACAUCAUUACAAAUUUGGAAUAUGAUCAAGAU